AUGGAUCCUAUUAAAUUGCGUUUUUAUGUUGAGCGAUAUGAAAAAGAAAGUCGUACAUUGAAGCUACAAGAAAAAUUUGUUCUUACAGAUCAAAUAAAAUCUUUGACUGGAAAAUUUUAUGCACGUCACGAUGCUGUUUCUUUAUUUGACAUUCCAGAGGAAUAUAUUAAAUUUAUUGAGAGGCGUACAGCUUUGAAACCAAAAGAUAUUUAUAAAUUUAGGCCUCCUUCAGUUAAUAUGGAAUAUGGAUGGUUUAUAAAACCAUUGAUACCAAGAUCAGAUGAUCCAAGAUUACAUUUUGCUAAAAAAGGAUGUGAUUUUAUUAAGAAAGAGUUAUAUCAACGACAUCUUCAGAAAGGUCUACCAGUAGAAAGAUUUACUGGUGUCCCAUUCAAGACAUGAUACUUUUAUAUACAUACAAAUAUAUAUAUAUAUAUAUAUACCUCCACAAAACUUAAAAAUAAAAUUUUGUCUUUGUUUAUAAGAACAUUGCUAAUUCGUAUUUUUGUAUAUGUGAUUAAUUCACAUUUCAUAUAAAUCUUAUCUUGAUAUAAAUUUUAUAACUACGUCAAA